AUGUUCCACGCUCGGCCAAAUCUCGUCCGUCCGUCUGAAGUCUCGGCCAAAGUCCAAAACCGUCGGCCGAUCACGCAUCACGACCCGGGAAACUAUUGCCCGCGGUCGGCCACGCCACGCUCACGCCACCGCGCACGACCAAACCGCCGAGCCGGGAAAAGCCUCGCGGCCGCGCAACCCUCGCGUACCACGCACGAACGCGUCCGAGCCGGGAAACUACGUCCCGCGUCCGGCCGAGAUUUCAUCGGCCAAAUCACCCGUCCGACCACGCGGCCGACCACGAAUCCGUCCGACCCGACCGUUCCGACUCGGCCACAACCCGAUUGUCCGGCCGAUCGUCCCGACGACCGUCCCAACGCCGCGGUCGACCCGAAGCCCGUUUUGAAGCCCAAUUAUUUUUCAAGGCCCGGCUUAACCCUAAGCCGCCUCUAA